CCAGGCUGCACUACAGUUAGUAUCUGUGGGUCACAGAUUGUGGGUGAGGACAGAGGUCCACGCGAACACAAUCUGCUCUGGAAACCAAUCAAUAAAAGGACUUAAAGUUGAUGUGUGAGUUGGGGGCACUUCCCCUCAACAUGAGGGCCCGUAGCUGAUUUGGAUAUUGAACACAGGCUGCCUGUUGUCUACAGUUCAAUAUCAAUUUUCCAAAGUCUGGGCAAAGAGAACUGGGCGCAAUUACGCACGGCGAGUAGCAUGGCACCGAUUUUGGAUAGACGUGCUCCCGCGUUGCUCUUGGUUUGGAGCUACUGCAUCCUGGCGGAUACCACCUUUACGAACUUUACUUUGGACAACGAGUUCCACUCCAGUUUCAUUCACCGUCGGCUGAAGAGUCAGGAGCGCAGAGAAAUACAGCGGGAAAUCCUGUCGAUAUUGGGGCUGCCGCACCGGCCGCGACCCCACCUCCACGGAAAGCACAACGCUGCCCCGAUGUUUAUGUUGGACUUGUACAACGCCAUGUCCACAGAGGGUGAUGAGGACAGAUACUCCUACCCCUACAAGCCCAUUUUCACCACCCAGGGACCCCCAAUAGCCAGCCUGCAAGACAACAACUUCUUGAACGAUGCAGACAUGGUCAUGAGCUUUGUCAAUUUAGUGGAGCACGAUAAGGAAUUCCUACCAGUGCGGCGACAUCAUCGCGAGUUUCGAUUUGACCUGUCGCAGAUCCCAGAGGGUGAAGCGGUCACUGCUGCUGAGUUUCGUAUAUAUAAAGACUUCAUCCAUGAACGUUACGAUAAUGAGACUUUCCGCAUCAGUGUCUACCAAGUGCUGGAGGAACACGCUGACAGAGAGUCAGACCUGUCUCUGCUGGACUCACGGGUGAUCUGGGCAGCAGAGGAGGGCUGGUUGGUGUUUGACGUGACAGCCACCAGUAACCACUGGGUCCUGAACCCGGGCAGGAACCUGGGUCUGCAGCUGGCCCUUGAGAGCACAAAGGGAGAGAGUAUCAAUCCUCGUGUAGCGGGGCUGAUUGGUCGCAGUGGGCCUCAGAAUAAACAGCCUUUCAUGGUGGCCUUCUUCAAAGCCACUGAGGUGCACCUGCGAAGCAUCCGCUCAGCACCAGGGGGGGCCAAACAGCGUAACCCCAAUCGCUCCAAAGGGGCAAAGACCCAGGAGGCUCUCAGAGUGGCCAAUGUUGCAGAAAACAGCAGCACUGAUCAGAAGCAGGCCUGUAAAAAGCACGAGCUCUACGUCAGUUUCAGAGACUUGGGGUGGCAGGACUGGAUCAUUGCGCCGGAGGGAUAUGCGGCGUACUAUUGUGAGGGCGAGUGCGCCUUUCCUCUGAACUCCUAUAUGAACGCAACAAACCAUGCCAUUGUGCAAACCCUUGUUCAUUUCAUUAACCCAGAGACAGUUCCUAAGCCUUGCUGUGCCCCCACGCAGCUCCACGCCAUCUCUGUGCUCUACUUUGACGACAGCUCCAACGUCAUUCUUAAAAAAUACCGCAACAUGGUGGUCAGAGCUUGUGGCUGCCACUAAACUGUCAGCAUCCUCACAAAGACACUCACAUAAACGCACACAGUCAUGAGCAGAGAGGGCUUCGCCUUGCCAUCAUUUGAAAUGUUGAGAAAAAAUUGCAAAUUAAAGUAUGUGCACAUGAGCUUUAUGAACAUUCUCAGAGUUAAAAACUAUUUCUUGUGUAGGAAAAUCUCGUCUUCUUUUCAAGGUUGUCCUGAAGUAAACUCGUUGCUGUGUGGGUGAACAGGACUUUCAAUCAGUUUUGGAUUCCUGGCCACAAGUACACAUACACACAGACUCAUGGUUGUGCUUCCUACUGUGUAUACAAGACAUUUAAAGCAGUGAUUAUACUGUAUAUUCAUUCACAGACAAGAAUCUUUUGUUUAUUUCAGUAACUGUUAUUGUAGUUGUUGUUAUAUAUAUUUUUAUGACUGAGACCCAGAUGGAAGAUUCUUCAAUGUACAAUAAUGUGUAAAUAUUUUUUUUUUUUUUCAAGGAAAGCAGAAAGUGUAUUUAUUUCCUGGAAUGUAUUUUUCUCUUCUAUGUAAUGCUGCCUGUUUUCUUUCAUAUGACAGUACACCCAAUCUCUGAGUUAACAGAAAACUACUUUGACAUGAGCCUUGAGUACAAACUCGAUGCACCCCUCUCUCUGACUCGUGCACAUGUGCGCUGCAUACACACUGAGGGUGGGAGGCGAUUCAUGAUGACUUGGACCUGUCGAAACGUCAACGUAAACCUGAUGCACAUUUUAUAACAAUAAACUGAACUGGGGGGGGGGAGCAUCUUGUUCUGUGUACAAGACAUUUUCAGGUUUGUACUGCUCUGCUGUAAUACAAUCUGUCAUAUUUAAAAAGGUCUAUUUAUUGAGAGUUGGCUAAACUGUUCUACAGUGCGCUCCAAUGUUUCAACCUUGUUUUGCUGCUGAACUGGUACAACAAUAAACUGGGAGAAAAGCAAGGAAACCACCUUGAAGCCUAUUGUUCAAAAGGCAGAAUUAGAUUGCCGAGCAGAAGGAGGAUGCAUGUGGGUAUAGUACUUUCUUACACGUUCCCACGCAUAUAUUUGCUUGAUCACGCCAUCUGAUGUGUUGCAAGUGUUUCCACAUUCACAGAAACAUGUUCUAUAUUCUCAGCGAUUCUGUGUCUGUGGUUUGUGUCUGUGAGGUGGCUGUGGCUGCUUUUCUGUCUUAGGGUGAGUGGUUGCUUUUUAAUGUAAAGCACAUUUAGUUCAUGUGUAAUGGAAUAUGCUAUAGUAUUUGACACUGACAUUAUAUAUGAAGAAAUGUAUUUAUUUUUAUUUAACCCUCCCAGGUUUGCAGCUCUAUGUUGUUAUGAGCUUUUCGUAUACGGUUUCCUAGUCUGGUGCACAGGUGUGUGGGGAAUAGUAGAACUAAGUACUCAGAGUCCCAACAUGGAGAGGGCCCGCAGCAGAAAGCCUGGAAUUGAACAUUAUUCUACAGUAUUACAUGCUUGUGUUUACUUGUUGAUUCAGUUAUUUGUGCAGGUUUGACA